CAAGAAAAGGAAAAACGGAAGAAGUUAGGACCAGUUAGCGAGAGAGAGAGAGGGUAUCAUCAGCUUUAUUUGGUUUUUUCACUUUUGAGAACCUCGUGAUACUAUUGUACCUUCUCUCUUACAUAACCUCGUUUUCUCACUCACACAAUUCCUAUCACUCUUCUCAUUUUUCUCAUGGCAUUUCGCCGGUUAACACAAGCCACAUUCUUCUCCGACUUUCAUUAAUUUCUCCAUGGCUUCAGUUAUUUUUCUCUUCCUUCAUUUAUUUCUUCUACUCUUUACUGCCCGAGUCAACUCCGAGCCGACUCAGGACAAGCAAGCUCUCCUUGCUUUUCUUUCUAAAACUCCACACUCUAACCGCGUUCAAUGGAACGCUUCCGAUUCCGUUUGUAAAUGGGUCGGUGUUCAAUGCGACGCGUCAAGUUCAUACGUUUAUUCACUCCGUUUACCGGCCGUUGAUCUUGUUGGUCCCGUCCCACCAAACACAAUCGGACGGUUAACUCAGCUUCGUGUUCUCAGUCUCCGUUCCAAUGGUCUCACCGGCGAGAUCCCUUCUGAUUUCUCCAAUUUGACUUUCCUUCGCAGUAUCUAUCUUCAGAAGAAUAAGUUCUCCGGCGAUUUUCCGACUAGUUUGACUCACUUGACUCGUUUGACUCGCUUGGAUCUCUCUUCGAAUAACUUCACUGGUCCAAUCCCGUUCUCUAUCAACAAUUUGGUUCACCUCAGUGGUCUUUUCUUGGAGAACAACACGUUUUCUGGUAAAUUACCGAGCAUCUCUGCGAAAUUGAACGGUUUCGAUGUUUCCAAUAACAAUCUCAACGGUUCAAUCCCUAAAACACUGUCGAAAUUCCCGAAAUCUUCAUUCAUUGGAAAUUCAGAUCUCUGUGGAUCACCGUUGGAUCCUUGCACGCCUUUCUUCCCGGCGCCGGCGCCGUCACCUUCCAUUCCACCGGUGAUUAAACCAGGGAAGAAGUCAAAGAAGCUCUCGACCGGCGCCAUUGUCGCAAUCGUAGUUGGUUCCGUUCUUUUCAUAGCGUUACUACUUCUAAUUCUGUUACUCUGCCUCCGUAAACGACGUCGGCGGCAACCAGCGAAACCACCGAAACCAGUAGUUGCAGCUCGUGCGGCACCGGCGGAGGCUGGAACUUCAUCGUCGAAAGACGAUAUCACUGGCGGUUCUGUGGAGGCGGAGAGGAACAAAUUGGUGUUCUUCGACGGAGGAAUUUACAGUUUCGAUUUGGAGGAUUUGCUUAGAGCUUCGGCGGAAGUUUUGGGAAAGGGAAGUGUGGGGACUUCGUAUAAAGCGGUGUUGGAAGAAGGUACUACGGUGGUUGUUAAGAGGUUGAAAGAUGUUGUAGUUACGAAGAAAGAGUUUGAGAUGCAAAUGGAGAUUCUGGGUAAGAUUAAGCAUGAGAAUGUGGUUCCUCUUAGAGCGUUUUACUUCUCUAAAGAUGAGAAAUUGCUUGUUUAUGAUUACAUGUCUGCUGGAAGCUUGUCUGCACUGCUUCAUGGGAGCAGAGGAUCUGGGCGAACACCACUAGACUGGGACAACCGGAUGAGAAUAGCACUGGGAGCAGCAAGAGGCGUAUCAUGCCUCCACGUGUCAGGCAAAGUAAUUCACGGCAACAUUAAAUCUUCCAACAUCCUCCUCCGUGGACCAGACCACGAGGCCAGCGUUUCGGACUUUGGUCUGAACCCUUUAUUCGGAAACGGUUCUCCAUCAAACCGUGUCGCUGGUUAUCGUGCACCCGAGGUUCUAGAAACCCGAAAAGUCAGCUUCAAAUCUGACGUGUACAGCUUCGGCGUUUUGCUGUUGGAGCUAUUAACAGGCAAAGCACCCAACCAAGCGUCGCUAGGCGAAGAAGGAAUCGAUCUCCCAAGGUGGGUCCAAUCCGUUGUUCGUGAAGAGUGGACCGCAGAAGUAUUCGACGCUGAGCUCAUGAGGUUUCAUAACAUUGAAGAAGAAAUGGUUCAGUUGUUACAGAUUGCUAUGGCUUGUGUUUCAGUGGUACCUGAUCAAAGACCCACCAUGCAAGACGUGGUUCGCAUGAUUGAGGAUAUGAAUCGUGGGGAGACUGAUGAGGGUCUUCGACAGUCGUCUGAUGAUCCUUCGAAAGGAUCAGAGGGUCAUACUCCACCUGCUGAGUUAAGGACUCCACCUAGAUCGCACACACCCUAGCAAAACAAGUUUCAAGAAUGAAAAGGAAAAAAUAUUAUUGAAUUGGAAAUUCAAAAAGGAUAAUAAAAAAAGUAAAAGAGGGAAAAGACAAGACAUGGUGGUAGGGUCGCUCUUAAAAUUGUGCCUACUCUGCUCUAUACAUAUGGCGCGCAAUUUCUCCAUUGGUCUUCCGGGUGGUCCAAUUAAUUAAUGUGCAUUUUUAAUCCUUCAAUGUAUUUUUUUUUUUCUGUUUUCUUUUGUUAUUACCAUUAGUUUUGAUGAUUUUUAUUUUUUUAUUGUUAUUACAGGGUUGAGAGUUUGAAAAUUGUUAAUGAAAGUGGGGUUUGGGGGAGAGGAGGGAUUGUUAGGAGUUUCAUGAACCGAUCAAGAUUGACCAUUUUUUUGAAGUUUUUAAAGUUAAUUGUUAAUUAUUAUUAGUAAUGUCUUUGCUAUAAAAUCAAGCUUAUAUA